AUGCCUGCACUCAGCCUCCAGCUUUCUGUCCAAUAUGAAGGUCCAAAAGCAAAAGUUCUACAAGAAGAGUACCAGGCACCAAACACGGUAGAUAUCAUGAAUAUUCUCAAGGCAGACUUAGAAGUUCUUCAAAUACCGUGUCCUCCCCGAAAAAGUGUUGAACUAGCAGAUAAUGGUAUAAUCAAGUUUGGGUGGAAGACAACAAGUGACAGUGCGCUGCACAGAAGGUUGCGACGGAUAGUGGUAGAACGGCAUGAUAACUCUUCCCAGAAGACUCUCAGGAGUAAAUGUUCCAUUCUGACCAUGACAUUACUCGAAGAAUCACGGUUUCAUCCUCCAGAGUCUCCCAAACAAGACAGGCAUGAUACACAGGGAAUGGACCAACAUAGAAGUCCAUUGAUCAUAAUGAAUGACGAAAGCUUGCGUCAUUUAGAUGAUUCUCUGCAGCGUCUGCGCAGUAUCAGUGAUAGUCUACAGGAUAGCAACGAUAAGCUCAAGCAUGAAAGGACAACGUCUAGAUCCAGUGAAUCAACCAAGUGUGAUGAAUAUCAAUCACAAGCCCAUAGUAGAUCUACUGGUGAACGGGGAAAACCUAACGGUGACAAGGUUUCCUCCACGGGCUCGGCGACAAAUCGCAACGAAAAAACUACUCGGCUUACUCGGGAACUGUGGAAUAUUCGGAGAGAGAUGCAAGCCCAGCAUGCAAGGGAAGCAGCUAUUUUAGCCGAGCUUGGUGACACCAAUACUCUGCCCACAGGCCCCAAACUCCAGGCUGUCGCUACAAAGCCAGAAAGCUUGCACCAAACUUCUCGCAUGGAAGCCCUUCUUCGAACAGCCUUAGCGGAGACUCAUCAGGAAAGAAGAAGGCGAAUUUACGCAGAGCAUGCAUUGAAGGAAGUCGAGAGGGAGUGUAGAGCACCUUUUGUUGUGCCUGCAUUACUUGAAGCAUUUCUCAGCAUCUCUGAAUUGACAAGAACAUAA